AUGGCUGCCUCGGCGGCGGCGGCGCCGCCGCCCCUCCGUCUGCCCUGGGCGGCGGGGCACCUCCGGCAACGGCGGCCCUGCCGCCUCCCCGCCGCCGCCUGCGCUCCCUCCACCCCACCGGAGCCCCCCGGAUUUGAGCCCCUCCCCAAACCAUACGAGACGCCGCCGCAGCCGGUCUUCGACCUCGAGCCGCGUCGCCGGCCGUCGGCCAUCACCCCCGAGCGGCGCCGUGGCGGCGGCGCCGUUCAGCGGCCGGAGCCCCCGGACCUGCAGAUCGGGUGGAAGCGCACGAAGGAGAUCAACAACGAGCCCCCCAAGGGGUGGGUGAUCGCCGACUUCCUGGACAAGCUCGAGUCCCUGAUGGGGAGGGGCCAGUACGGCUCCACGGCGCUGCUGGCCAAGGUAGGGGGCAUUGUGGCGGAGCGAGCCCGCGAGGAGGCGGCGGUGCUGGUCGCCGGCGGCGAGGUGGACGAGCGGAAGGUGACGGAGCUGGAGCGGGUCCUGAAGCUGAUGGAGAUGGACCUGGAGAUGGUGAAGGCGGCGGUGAAGGAGGAGACGCUCCGGGAGAGGGUGGAGGUCGCCAGGGCCCGCUGCCGCCAGGCCAUCCUCGUCGCCAUGUCCCUCUGA